AUGACUCAAACAAAUCGGUAUGGAGGUCGAUUUGUAAAGCGAUAUACUCAAGGUCGUUGGUGGUUGCUUCGGGGAAUUGCUAAUCCUGAUCGUCUGUGGAAAAUCACAAAAGUCCACCCUAAGCACACUUGUGAUAUGGGACAAAGUCGAGCAAAUCAUUUUAAUCUAGAUAUAAACAUGAUUGCUCAUGUGUUACUUAAACACAUUGAGAAAACUCCAAGGAUGCCUAUCAAAACUUGUAUUAGCAUGAUCCACUCAAAAUAUGGUAAAAUCAUAAGCAAGAGAAAAGGAUUUCUCGGGCGUAGACGUGCUUUUGAGACGAUCUUUGAAACUUGGGAAUCCUCUUUUCAGGCGUUGCCGGGGUAUAUGGCGGCUCUAAAACAUGCUAAUCCCGGCAUUGUUGUACAGUGGCGACUUUUAGAGGGUAGAAUUUUUGACUUCGUCUUUUGGGCAUUCAAACCAAGUAUUGAUGGUUUUGCUCUUAGGAAUGUGAUAUCGAUAUAUGGGAUGCAUGUAUAUGGCCGAUAUGACAUUAAACUCCUAAUUGCAGUAGGUAUGGAUGCCAAUGGGUCAAUAUUCCCUCUUGCUUUUGCAAUUGCCGCCAAUGAGAGCAACGAGACAUGGGGGAUGUUCUUGAUUCAUUUACAAACUCAUGUUAUUAAAGGUCGUCAGGGCAUAUGUGUCCUAUCGGAUCGUCAUAAAGGCAUAUUGCACAAUAUGCGUACUGCGAAAGGGUAA